CCUGAUUAACGACCCUCAGUUGAUGAACAAGUUUCUCCUUGGAUUCGAGGAGUGUGUCCGUGAAGUAGAGACAUAUUUGAAGAAGGAAGACUGCGACAAAAAAGACACACUGCAACGCCUUCUGCAACACUUGGUCCAACGCUCAGAAGACCUGAAGAACACAGAGGACAAUGUAUGUGAUUCUAUUUCUCCUCUUCUUCCGUUCAGCACUGAUGUCCAAGACCACAAUUCUUCUCCUUAUUCUAAUCGCUUGGAGCCGUGUUGUCACAUUCGAAAGAAUUCCGAUACGGUAACUUCUAUUGGUCGGUGUGAGCGACUUUCCAAUAGCCGUGAAUACUGCACUCUUGGAGUUACCGAGCUACGCCUUGUUCCAAAACGCUUGGCAAACGGGGAAUUCGCUCUCGUUUUGCCGCAAAGAGUGGCUAGCAGUGUUAAUUAUGGGGAUGUGAAUUCGCGUACUGCAACUACCUUCCGGUUUGCCCGUCCGGGCUCCUCUGAUCCAUCGACGUUUCAUCAAGAUACAUCUUCGACAGUUUCGUCUCGAAAUGAAGCCGAUUCCCCCACGUUUGGUAACAAUCCUAAGUGCUUUAACUCGGAAUCCCCCAGCCCUCUGUCGAGUGAAACGUCCGACUUCAGUUCUGAUGAAUCACUCGUAAAACCUCGAGAACGUCAGGAGCUGAGCCUACCACAUCCAGCGGACAAUUACUUCGAAGACAUUCCCAGAAAUCAGUCAUCAUUUUCGGAUAAUGUUUGGCGUCCAUGGUAA